UGUACCUCCUGUCCGAUGGUGGCAGCGAGAAGAGAGUAAGGCCUGGAUGGUGAGGGUCAUUGACAACGGGUGUUGCUUUCUCGUUGCAGUUCUCCUUGUUGAUGUCCUCACCGGCGGGUGAGGGGUUUGCCUGGGCCGCAUCCAUUACUUUCUGUAGACUUUUCCGUUCCUGGACAUUAGUCCCAUUUGACCGCGUUUGGCCCACACUCAUCUAAUCCUUUCCCAUCUACAGGCUUGUCCAAUCGUAUUGGCGGUGGAUUUUGAUAACAUCCCCAGGAGGACUCGUUGGUAAUUUUUAGCCUGUUUCAAACUGGUGGGCGUAACGAGCGGAAACCUUCUGGUUAACAUUGUGAGCGAAACCAGCUCGCCUGCUGGCAAGGCACUUGAAGUGUUAAUACUCGUCUUAAACUUGCUGUUGUGUGGUUUCUGUCACAGAGCGGAAGCGCGCGUGAGAGAGAGAGAGAGAGAGAGAGAAGGGGACCUGAAGCCGGGAGGGAGACUCUGAUGUUCGGUCUCUGGGGCUCGGCUGACGAUGAACGUGUCGGGGAACUGCUCGGGCGCUGAGGAGCACCUGGUGGAGGUGCGUGUCUUCGCCUCUGUCGCCUCCUUCGUUCUCCUGGCUUUCUUCAACCUGGUGAUUAACUCCACCAUCCUGAGCGAGGACCGCCUGCGCUCGCAGGCCCGCUUCGUUUUACUGCUCCAUCUCCUACUCUCCGGGGUUGUCUAUUUCGGCCUGAGCAGCUCCUUCUACUUGCUGACCUACAUGCGCGCCGCCGUCUCCGCGUCCUGGUGCCUAGCACUGUUGCUCGCCCUCAUGGUCAGCGGCUCCUCCAUCCUGCUGACCCUAACCCUGAUGGCCGUCGACCGCUACUUGGCCAUCUGUCACCCGCUCAAGUACAGCGCCUUCUGCGCCCGCCACUCGGUCUGGUUCCUCUGCCCGCUCAUCUGGUUCUGCUCAUCGGUGAUCCCGCUCAUCCUCGUGUGCCAGCAGGUGGGUCCCCGGGCGCAGCAGGGGCCGGGGCCGGGACCGGCUAAGCGCUGCUCGUCCUCGCACCUCGCCUCCAGCCACAACAUGAAACAGACAUCGAAGAUCCUGCUGAUAGGAGUCUGCACCCUCCUCAUUCUCUUCAGCUACCUCAAGAUCCUGGCGGAGAGCUGGCGCAUCGGGACGCUGAACAGGCGCAACCGGCGCGCCCGCAGUACCAUCCUGAUGCACGGCGUGCAGCUGUCGGUCUAUAUCAUCCCCACCUUCAUCACCUUCUUCCUGCAGGUGUUGGCGCAAGCGGGCAAGCUGGACCAGUGCACCAGGGCUCGCUUCGAGGUGGCCAACUUCGCCUUCUUCAGCCUGGCUCAGUGCAUCAGCCCCGUCAUCUACGGCCUGCGGAAGGAGGAACUGUGGGAUCUCCUGUGCCACAAGUACCCCUGCCUUCACUGGGACUUUAAGCGGCUGCUUGAGGGGUUGGUGGGCGUCAGCGGCUGCCUGCGGGGCCCGAGCUGUCUAUCGCGGCGUCCACCUCCCCCCGCUGAUGCGCCCUGGUGAACCAGGCGAAUACGCCGGACCUGCACCUUGUAAGACCCCGCUACCGACCCUCCGCAUCUUCCUCGGGAAAUCUGAGUUGGGGCACAAGGCGAGGGGUGGGGACCCUAGCGACUUUUCCGGGCGUGGAGAGCCGAUACACCUGCCCCUUCUGGUUUAGUUUAUCCAGAAACUGUCAUACCAAAGGCUUGAUUUAAACACUUAUGAACAGGAUUACAGUCCGGCACAGUUGUGCUGAAAAA